AUGUCCAGGAAUAGCGGAAUGCCAGUCAUGAAGCUCGUGCGGAACCAAGACAAAUCGCUGAACCUGCAGCCUGUCUCAGGUGGAAUUAAAACAGAAGAUAUAUCGCGGCCGACUCUGGUCAAAGCACGCUUGCCAGAUGGCACCAUCCAGACCAUGCCUGAGAAGAUUCCCUUGGCCACUCUGUGUAAUCGUUGCCCAACAAUCUACCGACUCUGCAGUGGUCGCGACCUGAAGAACUGUCUAGACUUUACCAUCACUCUACGAAACCCUCAGCAGCUGAUUGGUUUCCGCAUCGUCUAUGAUAUUAUCCUCAACUCCCGAAGACUAGAGGUCAACGAUACGAGUGAGUUGAACCCCAUUCCCGAACACCUACGCAACGAAGAAGCCCCACUUUACACCCUGUUGCUGACCGCAGAAGUAGCUCUGAUCUUAGGUAUGGAGACUUUGUGUACACGCGCUGAAGUCACAAUCAAGAGCAUGCUCUACACCACAAUGCCCUAUCUCGACAAGUACAAAGACUCCUGGAACGUUUCUACCACUGACCUUAAGCACCUUUACGAGUACCUUCGAGGUCCAAAGGAUCCGUACUACUGGAUCCGUGUCGAGGUCAACCAGUCCUUGGCGCUAGCAACAACCCGUGGACUCAUCGACCCACUCCCCAUUACCAAGUAUCUGGGCGAAGACCAGAGAUUACUGAUGAACCAUACAGGACUCGAGCAGUUAGCAACGGAUGGACUUCUACAUCGCGAAGACUCUAUCCUCUCCUCGAGUUCAUCCUCGAAUGGAGACGAUUACGACGAAGAAGAAGGCAUUGUGCACGUCAUGACCUUGGACGGAUCAUACGUGAAGGCCAAGGUAGAGGACGGGAUUUAUGUGGUUAGGGAUCAGAAUGAUCCAUCUAAAUGGUUACCCUUGUUGAUUGGGGGAUACGCCCUACAGCCGACUUGA